AUUGUAAAAACCAAAUAGAAUAUCUCAGAAAAUCUAGUCAAAAACAGAAUCAUGUGAAUUGCGCUUAGGAUGGGCAGCAAAAUAAUUCAUUAGUAGUUCAUUCAAAAGAAGAUAACUAACCCAAAUGAAGCCCAGCUAAAUUCUAGACCAUGUGUGUACUUUAAUGAAAAUACUUUAUAUAAAACUAGCGUAUAGCGUAAAUAACAUGUUCAAGACGGUACUAAAAAAACAAAGCAAGCCCAAGCGGAAAAACGUUUACAAGAAAGCGAAAUUAGCUAAAAUCGUAUAAAACAUUUUAGAGCGUUAAAAACUAAGCGAAAACCCUCCAUUAUAGUGCCGCAAAGUCCUUGCGAAAUUCUUCUCACCUAUUCUGCCUAUUGGCAAGCUCCCCCGAUAAAUCACGCUCAAUUAUCCCCGCCUGAAAGGAACUGAGGAUUGAUGCCUAGUCACUAAUGUUCACAGACAUUUUCUAAACAUAAUUUGUAAGACCUUUUUGUGGUUUCAUAGCCAAUUAGCGCACAAGCCGAUCGCAAAACUCUCAACAGUCCACAAAUCUCAUGCUUUUAAAAACGAGAAUUUUAAUUAAUAAAAAUAAAAACCGCUAGAAGCUGGAACAAAACCAAAGCCACAUCCUAUGUUGAAUAAUUUACCUGUAUAAUAUUUAUGUCAUCUCGUUAAACGCAAAAUGUUAACAUACUUUUAAUGCGCGUGUAAAACGGAUAGUUAAUAAAAAAAAGAAGAAAAACAAAUAACUUACGAGAUUUUAUACACUCGAUGAGAUGAAUACCAAUUAAAGAUCAAAAACCAAAGAACCAACAUCUGUUGUUAGUAGGCCACGAUCUUUUUGGAGAAUGUGUGAUAGGUGUAUUUUAUUCCGUGCCCACAAAAUUUCAGAUCUUUUUCAGAAACACACAGACCGGACUUACAAAUUAGUUUGCUCUUAAAAAUUCAAAACCAGAACUACUGCUGGCCCGUGGCGAUUUCAAGUUGGAGUAGUUGAUUUGUUCAACGGAAAAGUCAAGUGAUCUCCAUGGAUCGAAGCCACAAGUCGGACGAGGCCUUUGGACAGUCCAUGUCCAGCAACAGUCGCCGCGUCAUGUGGAAGCUAAACGAGGAGGAGGAGACCUUCGAUUCCUUGGUCAACUACCGCCGCGUUCAGGUCACCAAUGCGCCCGCCAGGAAACGCACGGCCACCGAGAACUGGCUGCUUCUGGUGCGCGAUCUGGAGAAAAGGGAAGCCACCAAUCACCAAUCAUCGGCCACCUCUCUGCCGGAGGUAAGGGAGAUCAGCUGCAAGGAACGAGCCAUCCUCUACUGGCGGCGCCUGUUCGAGGGAAUCCUUAAGCGGGGCGAAAAGAAAGCAGCUGGAUUGGAGCAGGAGGAUCCGGCUGACAUCAGUCUGACCGCCAAGCCCAGCCUGGCAUUGCGCUACAAGCCCUCCCACGAGUCGCUCAAGUACAAGCGGAGCAAGGACCUGGCCCCUGAGCGAAUCCCGAGCACAUCCCGGGUAUCAGACCUCCAGCUGGAGUCCUUCAGCCUGCCGCCGCAGCAGACGUGUGUGGUGCGCGAGGUGGCGCCUCGGUUUGCCCACCGCAGGCGCCUGUCGAUAGCCAACGACACGGACUCGUGCUGCUCCGGCGAGCUGGAGGUCCCCAAAAACAGUCCCGUCCAGGACCAGGAGCCAGGAUGCCGACCGCGCAGCGAACUGAUCAGCGUCCAUGUCUCGGCGCCCACCAGCUCCUCGUUCAUGGAGGCGGCGCGAAGGACCACAUCCCCGACCAGGCGUCGCAUCGCGGUGAGCAAGGUGGCCGCCGGGACGAAGGGUGGAUCAGGUUCAGCAGCGGGCGGCAACAAGUGCUCCAGUGCCAGCAGUGCUAGUGUGGGAACCACCAGCCUGCCCACUUUCCGGCAGCGACAGCAGGAACUCCAUCGCUAUCGCGUCAUGAUCGAGCGACGCCGUCUCGAUCUCCUGGAGCUGAAGAUAGCCCGCGAGCGGGAGGAGGCGCUACACAGCGAGAUCCUGUUCCACAAGGACCUGCAGAUCAAGGAAAGCGUUAUCAAGGCGUACGACGACCACGACUGCUCCAACGCUUAGGACUUCCUUCA